UUAAAGUAAAAAUAAUGUGAAGAGCACUUCUACAGGAAGCAAACAGAAUCAAAAUUUAAUUGGUUUACAUAUUAUUCGAAGUUUAGAUUUGCAUCUAUUCGGUGUAGAACAUACAGAGUAAGUAUUAAUAAAUAAAUAAAUCUGAAAAAUAUACGUGGCUCCAUCUAUAAUCUGAGAAAAAAUUUAAAAAAGAAAUAAAGAGGAGGGAAAAAUGGAUAAUAACUAUCACCAAACCAUUGGCCAAUACCUCUUGGUUUACUGCGCAUGCCGAGAGUUUAUAAGUAUUACAAAUCAGUUGAUAGUUGGGACCGAACAGAAAGAAAUGGAGAGAGUAUCAGUGAUGGUCCUGCUGGUUACAGGAGUGGCAAACGGAUGCGGUCCUUGCAUCAAAUCAGAAUGCGUGCCACCGAACGGAUGCUUGGCUGGUAUGGUUACAGACUGGUGUAACUGUUGCUACAAAUGCGGACAGAGGGAAGGAGAAAAAUGCGACCAUCCCAACAUAACUGCCAACGUUCACGAAUUCGGUAGAUGCGGCGAGGGGUUGAUCUGUCAAGUUCGAGUGGACUUGCCGGCGGGGGAUCCAGAAGAAGCUUUGUGUGUCUGUCAACACACUUCUAAGCUGUGCGGAAGCGAUGGAGUGACUUACGAGAACCAGUGUCAGUUGACUGAGGAGAGAUACAGGAAAAGAAACGGGCUGAAAGCUGUCAGUAGGGGUCCUUGCAGGUUUGCUCCAAAAAUCACAACACUACCUACUGACAUUCCUAUCGUAAUUGGAAGUCAAGCAGCACUUUACUGUGAAGCUAUCGGGUGGCCACUGCCAAAUAUCGAAUGGAAAAAGGAAUCAGGAAAUAUAUUUAAUGAUUUACCUUUAUUUUUUUUUAAUUUAGCUCCAAAAAUCACAACACUACCUACUGACAUUCCUAUCGUAAUUGGAAGUCAAGCAGCACUUUACUGUGAAGCUAUCGGGUGGCCACUGCCAAAUAUCGAAUGGAAAAAGGAAUCAGGAAAUAUAUUUAAUGAUUUACCUGGUGAUAACACUCAUAUAGCAAUGCAUACGAGGAAUGGAAAGUAUGAAGUAUCCAGCUGGUUACAGUUUAUACAGACGAAAUCGACAGAUGUUGGUACAUAUUGGUGUAGAGCAACUAAUGAUGAAGGAGAAGCUGAAGCAUCUGCUCAACUUUACAUUUUACCCGAGUUUUAUGGAUGAAGACGACGAAACAGUACACAAAGUAUAAUGAAAUAUCAAAACUAAACUACAACACUUCUUAAUUUUCUUAAUAUAUGUUCUUCAAUAAUAAGCCUACAUUUAAA